AUUAAAAAAGCAGAAACCCUUUCCCCAUCUCAGCUUCCGAUUCAUUUCUCUGUCGCCAGAUGCAAUCCCCUUUCCCCGCUCUCUCCAUCACAAAAAAAUACUUUUUUUUUUCAUUUUACUUUUCCCAGCUUCUAUAUAAUUAAUUAAUUAAUUAUUAAUAUAUAUUAAAAUUGAAAUUCACCAGCCAAACCUCACAUAAAUAGCUCCACCCGUUUCCAUUAUUUGGGAAAAACUGAUGUGGGGAAAGCAAGCAGCCAUGGCUGAAGAAUCCGCAACUACUGUGCUCGCUGCCAUGACCAGCUGGCUCACACCCUCUUUUCUCUUCCUCAUCCUGAACCUUACCAUCGGCGCAAUUGCCGUCAUCUCCAGCUUCGCCGCUCGGAAGAAGCGGCAACAGCCUCCGCCGCCUCCGCCGUCGCUCUUCCGAGUCCCCUCCCUCCUCGACCGAGUCAGAUCCUUCAACUUAUCCUCCCGCGGAUAUGGAUUCCCCGACCAGUCCCCGCCGGAAACGACGGCUCAGCCUCCGGAAACCGAGGCGACCCUCGACGAACCGCCCCCGCUCGCUCGAGGUCCGUCGCUCCUGGACCGGCUCGCGUCCUACAAAUUCUCUCUCCACAAGUACGACCAAUACGAGUCGCAAUCCGGGUCGUCCUCCGAUCCGUCGCCGCCGGAACCGGCUGAUCACCCGGCGGGGGAGACAUUAGAGACCGUAGAUCAAGACGACGUCGAGGGCGAAAAGUCCAGGGAGGCGCCGGUGGUGAGGGCUCCGGAGAAGAUGAAGAAGUCGACGAGCUUGAACGCGGCGCCAGGGAGGAACCGGGAGGAGGAGGAGGAGAUCAACCGCCGGAGGCCGGUGACAGUGAGGGAGGGAAGGGGUAGUAGAGCAGGCGAGUUUGGGGAGGACGAAGAGGUGGAUGCGAAGGCCGAUGACUUCAUCAACAGGUUCAAGCAGCAGCUGAAGUUGCAGAGGUUGGAUUCUCUCUUGCGUUACAGAGAGGUCAACAGAAGGUGAGAAACUCAAAGAAACGUCGCCGUUUCCUGUUGUCCCCUGUUUUUAGAGUUUGUGUCCAGGAGGGCUUUGAUGGUUGCCUGUUCCUUGUCAUCUUUGUUUUCCCUUGAACUGCAUGGGUAUUUAUGGUAAUUUGAUUAUCAUUUGUCUGUUAAUGGACCAUGGCCCUUUCUAGGAGAGGGUGAUACCAUGUUAGUAUCAGAAAGUAGAUUCCCCCAUGGCUAUUUAGUAUCAUGCAUUGCUACCAAUUUCAUUGACCUGCACUUGUCCUAAAUGAGGCAGAAAAGCAGAUUCUCUUAGGUUGGUCAUUCUAAUUAUCUUCAUGGUUUGGAAUAAAUUUUGAAACUAAGUUAUAA